CAACAUCUAUGGCUGCUUUCGCGUAUUUACCCCGUGAAAUAUGGGAUAUCAUUUUUUUAUAUGCUGGAGAUCAUGUUAAAAAACGUCGAAUGAUGUCUGUCAAUAGGCAUUGGUAUACUAUGCAUUUGUCUGUCGUUUUCAAGGCACCAUCCAUUAGUUUGGGCUGUAAGCGCUCUAAAUACAAUAGUAUUAUGAACUCUCCUUUUUUUCCAGGGCAAUGGACUACCUCAGUCAAUCUUUCAUCUUUCGAAGCAGAGACGGAGCACAACAAUGAUGUUACCCAAAGCAAUCUUUAUCGCUUCAUGAUGUAUACUCCCAAUGUUGAAGAAGUCAAAUUCGAUUUUAUUGAAAAAAUUAAGGAGAAAGACUGGGCGUAUUUUUAUAAAGUGCUAAAAACGGCAAAUGUUUGGAAAUUACACCGUUUGCAGGAUGAUUGGGAUUUGUUUAAUGUAAAUAAACGAAUUGACGUUACUGCAGUGUAUUCCAUUUAUCUAAAAUGUGCCCAGCAUCUGAAACGUUCACUUGUCUCAACGCGCUUGAUUGAAAAAUAUAUGCCAACGAAUUUUGGUGUCAGCUUUUUACAUGAACUUGUCGCAUUAUCAUCUUUGCAUAUCACUCGAGGUUUUUUGAAGAAUGUAAACGAUUUGGAUAUCAUACUUCAAUACAGUCCUCAACUGGAAGAGCUCAAUGUCGAUUUUUCAAACACAAGAUUCGAUUCUGAUCAUCCCAGCGACAGACCAAUAUUGAAUGAAGUGUAUCCCAAUAUGAAAGUACUUACUUUUCAUGACUACGUGUUUCAGACAGAUAAUCAAGUAUGUAUAUUCCAUAACAACUUUACUGGACUUCGAAAACUACAAAUUACAUGUGCUCAAAAUAAACUCAAUCUAAAACCGGAAACAACUGAGGAUUUUUUUAUAAUGCUCGCAUCACUUUCAACUUAUCACAUACGCUUCAAUAAAUAUGCCAUUGUCAUAUCGGAUUUUAUUAAUGAAAACUGCCGACAAGACAUGCAUGCGUUUGUCCAUGAUAAGAGUGGUGAAGAUAGAAAUGCUAUAAUUAUCAGUAAAACAGAACGUAUUCCCGAGGCAAUGGUAAAAUAUGACUAUUCCACUGCAAUACAUAUUCUGUCACGCUUGGGCCCGCAUGUGCAGAAAAUUCAGCUUGUUUGUUUAGAAAAUGGUUAUACAGAACAUCUUUUGGAGCGUCUUUUUAGUACCCAAUGCAUAACCAUUAAUGCUAUUGUAUGCCAAGGACUCGAUUUGCAUCGGCUUACCGAAGCGGAUUUAUUGUAUACAAGCUACAUCCAAAGUUUAACAUUUUAUGACUGCGAAUUCUCUGAAAAAUUUCUCAAAGUGUUAUCUGCUGGCUUUACACAGUUGGACACGGUCCAUUUUAAAAGCUGCUACUUCAAAUAUUCUUGGAUAAAUGUUACCAUGCCAUCGACGGAUAUUCAUACUCUCUGUAUAUCAUAUAACCUUCCAUUCUGUGUCACUUUUGUAGAUAAUUUGAAUGAAUUAAGAUGGCGCAAUCUUAACAAUGGUAUGAUGGAAAACCCACACACUUUUCCUCUGGUUUCAAUCACAUUGACAGAUGAAGGCAUUACAAGAUACUAUUAUACUAGAGGCGAAGACAAACCCGUGGCCGUGGAAACAUCAGAAACACAAUUUCAAUUGCUCGCAGAAAUGGUCCCGGAAAAAGACUUUUUUAAAAUUAUAAAUAUCUCCGUUAGGUCGAUCCAAAAGCUUUCGUUAAAAUUAAACAGCAACCGAUCAAACGAUAUUGAAAUGAUAUUCUAACAUCCAAAUAGCCUUAAUUAAACACCAUGAAUUAUAUUAAAUGUGUGAAAAACUAGACGUGAAACACACAAGUGAACUUGUUUUUAAGUUUUUAUCUCUCGAAUGCCUGUGUUCAUCAAUUAUCACACAACGGGGGGGAGGGUUAACUUUUUCUGUG